AUGUCCGACACAUCAGUGCCCACAAUAGGGUAUUAUAAAACGCGGGGUUUGGCUCAACCCAUACGGCUAUUGUUGGCCUAUAAGGGCGUGAAAUUCAUUGACAAAUACUACGGCAACUUUGGCGACAAAAAUCUAGAUGAUAAUCCAGCCGAUUGGUUGGCUGAUAAGACUAUCUUAGGUCUAGAAUUUCCCGAUCUACCUUACUAUAUAGAUGGCCCGUUAAAACUGACCCAGAGCACUGCUAUAAUGCGACAUUUGGCCCGCAAACACGGCCUGAUGGCCACCGACGAGACCGGACUCGGACGCCAGGAUCUGUUGGAGCAACAGUUGUUGGACAUCCGAAUGGGUAUUAUAGUUAACAAUGGGGUAAACCAUGGUUAUGAUACCGUAAUAGCUCAGCAUAUAAUCGCCGGUCGAUCCCCGCAGUUGGACCGGUUGUCCCGGUUUUUGGGCGCCCGGCAGUGGUUUACCGGUAAUUGUAUUAAUUAUGUAGACUUCUUGGCGUAUGAAGUGUUGGAUUGGUUACGACUGUUCAGCACAGGUACUGUCGAUGAGUACCAGAAUUUGUGUCAAUUUAUGGUCCGUUUUGAGAGUUUGCCCCCAAUUAAGGCAUACAUGAAAUCAUCGGAGUUUAUAAGUUGGCCGGUGUUUCCACCCAAAGCUCCCUGGUUGCAGUAA